AUGCUCGUGGGAUUGGGGACGACUCCGCCGGUAUGGCCCCGCUUCCAAAAGGAGUCGAAGUGGGUGGGUCGUCGGAUGUCGGAACCUUCGCAUGGUCCCCACCAUGGGAUGCGUCUAUGCUGCCUGGCCAGCAGGAAUCCCACCUCACCAUUGAGGCUGCACCGCCACCGUGGGAACAGAUAUUGGCCCCAAGGCAAGCAUCCAAUGCGCCAAGACCAUGGCAGCUACGAUUGUCUCACAGACAGAAAGCUUGUCAAGGAGUUCCAGGCUGAGUUUGAAGCUCGCAUGGCCAAGGAUCCCUUUGUGAGUCUCUGCGAUUCCAACAAGAGCCCUGCCGGAGCUUUGGACGCGAAAGAACGCCACGUGUACGAGUGCUGCAUUCACUCUGCCAUGGAGUCCUUUGGCAUUGCAGAAGGACCUCACGCUCAUUAG